ACAUCAAUAUAGUAUUUGAAAUUACACCUUUUUUUUCUGUAUUUACAUACAUCUGAACGCAGAUGAUAUAAAGUGCGAUAUAUGUAUAUACCAGUUCGCGAGAACUUCAAGACAUUAAUUACCGUUCAACGCAUUGCAUACUAUACUUUUGCGAAUACUUUUAAAAUGCUAUGUUUAGUUGGUAUAUGAUUAAAAUUUCAUAUACGUCAAAAAAUUACUGUUGCAACGAAACAUUUGGCGACAAUGUACAUCUGCGAUGUUCAUCUUUCGUUCUAAUGUACGUAGUAUCUACACUUUCGAUGAUACGUUACGAGUUCAUAGUAUUGUUAAAAGAUAUUUUUUAUUAGUUUUAAAUCACUAAUACGAGUUAUAUUGGUCCUAGGUUACUUAUUGUGUAAACAACGAAUGAAUCGUAACAUAUGUAACUAUCUGAUUUACAAUUGUGUACCUUCUUAACCUUAUUCGCAUUCACAGUUUACAAUACUUUUGUGUGUUUAUCAGCCGCUCGAGCGCGCGUUUACACAUUUAGUUACCGAUAUAAAUUCAAACAUCACACCUGGGUCUUCUGCAUUAAAAGUUCGUAAACUUCCACGUCUAAGUCAAAGAAUUUGAGAUAAAGUAAGAUUAUGGCAAAAAUGGAUUUAUCGUUAUUAAGAAGUAAAUUUCGUGGUUCGAUGCUUGGUGUUUUAAUUGGUGAUUGCACUGGUAGUCCUUAUGAUAACGGUGAUCAGCUGACAAGCGGCAUGAAAUUAGUUUUGCAAAAAUCAUUUGAUAAAUUGGAGGGGCCACCAUUCAAAGCACCUGUCAUGCAGUUUACAGAUGACUCUGCUAUGACGAACUCAUUGGCCAAAUCUCUGAUUGAUCAGAAGGAAUUAGAUGUUGUCGAUGUUGCAAAGAAAUUUGUUAAAUGUUACUAUCAAGAACCUAAUCGAGGCUAUGGUAUGGGUGUUAUAACGGUAUUCCAAAAAUUACGAGGUAACAAAUUUACAGACAUUUCAAGUCCAGCCAAAGAACAAUUUAAUGGACAAGGCUCAUGGGGAAAUGGCGGUGCGAUGAGAGUUGCGCCUGCUGCGUUGUUUUCUUAUGAAAACUAUGAUAAACUUUUAGAUACAGUUAGGAAUGUGACUCAGAUUACUCAUACUCAUAAAGUUGGAAUAGAUGGGGCUAUUUUACAAGCAACAGCAAUUUAUCAAAGUCUUCGUUUAGAUCCAAAUGAAGAGUUAAACGUAAUAAAUUUUAUUGAUGAUUUGAUUUGUAAAAUGAAUCAAAUAGAAAAAGAUGAAGAAGGAUUAGGUUUAUCAGAACCACAACCGUACAAAGUACAAUUAUGUAUAGUAAAAUCACUGAUAUCUGAAAACGAUGAGGGCCUGCGCGAUGAAAAAGUAAUACAAAAGUUAGGAAAUAGCGUUGCAGCUUUGUAUUCGGUGCCUACUGCGAUAUUUUGUUUCCUAAGAGCACAAAAACCAAUCACAGGUAUACAAACGGACAAUCCCUUCAGAAGAGCUGUUCAAUAUGCUAUCAGUUUAGGUGGUGAUACGGACACUAUUGGUAGUAUGACUGGGGCCAUAGCUGGCGCAUUUUACGGAGAAGAGAAAAUUAACAGUAAUCUUUUACAGCACUGCGAAGCCUCGGAAGAAUUUCGAAUUUUAGGAGAUAGAUUGUUUGAAUUGUCGGUAGCGCGAUAAAAGUUUUCCUAUUGCGCACAAAAUCAAAUUUAACAACUGUUUUAUUUGUUAAUAAGAAGUAGAAAUGUAAUUAUCGUUAAGCCAUUGUUAUACUAUUCGAUUAUUGCUAAAUUAUUCAUGAAAUAUUUUUACGACAGAUGUAUAACAUCUUGCUAAAUAUCCAUAGGUACUAUCGAUUUGUACAUUUAUCAAAUAAAUGAUCUGUACAAUUUCAAA